AUGUGGGGUGCAGUUGCCUUGUGUUUGCUAGUGCAGUAUUUGAGCAGCGAAGCCAAGGUCGCUGUUCUUCCCAUGUUGAGACACAACGAUGGGAUAGUUGGAGGCGAAGAUAUUGACAUCUCCGAAGCACCUUACCAAGUGUCUCUUCAGGUGAAGGGAAGGCACUAUUGUGGAGGCACCUUAGUCGCCAAGGAUAUUGUAAUAACUGCUGCACAUUGUCUUAAUAGUCUUGACGCUUCCAAUUACCAAAUUCGAGCGGGUUCCUCCUAUUCUGACCGUGAUGGUGAACUGUACCCAGUGGCAAACGUUCUCCCGCAUCCAAAAUUCGACUAUGAAGAAUUAGACAGUGACAUUGGUAUUGUAUGGCUUUCUAAACCUGUGGAAGUGAGUGACAAGGUUGGUUGUUGGUUGAAACCAGUGGAAAUGAAGGGUGUGGGUGAAGAAGUUCCUGACGGUGACAUUGUUCAAGUCACGGGCUGGGGGUCGACUGAGCCUGCAAGAUCGUUGGCUCGCAAUGAUCUGAUGCUUCAAAGAGUUCUGAUCCCGAAGGUUGCUGAUUCGAAGUGCCGUGAUGCUUAUGGAAAAUAUUUCACAGGGAAUAUGCUGUGUGCUGGACUACCCGAGGGCGGGAAAAAUGCUUGUUAUGGUGACAGUGGUGGUCCUCUCAUCCAUAAUGGUAAGUUGGCCGGCGUGGUCUCCUUUGGCAUAGGAUGCGCUAGACCAGAUUACCCCGCUGUGUAUGCGAAGGUAUCUGCCCUUAGAGGAUGGAUCGACGAACAAUUGAAAUAA